AUGACACGUCGCAUUACCGAUGAUGCCGCACAGGGCAAACGACCUGACUCGCUGACCGAGACUGCACGUCCCUCGGGUCCCAUUACCGGAGAGACACGGCGGAAUGCCCCAGCACGCACAAGGACUCGCAAUCUACUGGAGUCUGUGCAGGCGCACCUGUCUAUACGCCCUAGUCCUGACCAUGGAUCGACUAAAGCAGGGACGUCGUCGUCGGCUGUUCCUUCUCGUGGAGUUGGCGGAGCCGCCAAACGUAACGAGCUUCUCAAUCCUACCCACACAGGCCGUUCUUCUCUGCUCGAGCGGCUGUCUGAUCCAGCUCUGGUCCUACCUGCUGAGGAGAUCGUGCGAAGUUCUUCUGACGGGUACGCAGAGCAACCCCAACACGACGUUGCGGUACGUUCUCCACCUCUGGCAUCUCCACGAUUGCAAGCUUCUCCUGUCACUGAGGCGGAAAUGCGGCGCUCCGUGCCUUAUGAAGUCGGGUCAGCUUCUAAUCACAUAGACGAGCCUAUACCCCCAGCAUCUAGUGCUCUGCGCGCACUGUUGUUGAGCAAGCUGGAGGCUGAGAGACGAAAUCACUCCCAGAGCACGGCAGCUACGCCUGACGAUUUGCGCCGUGCUACUGGCCACGUUUCAUCAGCCCGCAAUGCAUCCGACUCUAUUGCGACGGAGGAGCGCGGGGUAGUCAAUGGUCAGUCACACAAUUCGGCAGAACGGGCCGCCGAGAGGGAGGCCAUACUUCGUACCCAGGCACAGCUGCGGAUGCGUCUUGCGGCUGCGAGGAAGACUGCUGUAUGUGGCACUGAAGGGGGCCUCACCGCAGGUAUCAAUGCCACCUCGAUGCAUGGCGAUGGGGAUGGGAACGAGGCGCUCUCACAGGAGGAGCUGUUGAGAAGCAGGCUGGCAGAACGACGUGGAUCUUCCGCCGUACGCAUGUAA